GAAAAGUUCUAUACUGCAGAAGCAAUGAUAAAGUCAAUUAAUACAUCAGAUGAGUGGUACUACAUAGGAUGCCGUAAAUGCAACAAAAAAGUACAGAAACAAGGGAACCACUUCUACUGUCCGAAAUGUGAAAAAGAACCUGAGAAGAUAUGUGAUCUGAGUGCAACAACAACUUGCACCAUGUUUGAGGCAGAAGCAAAAAAAUUGAUUAAGCAAUCUGCAAGUGUCUUGAUAGAGAGGGAUGAUUGUGAUAUCCAUGAGUAGACAAAACAAAUCCAGAAAAUAUGUGGGCAGAGAUUGAUUUUUCAAUUCAGAUUGGAUGACUAUAAUUUGAAGUACGGUUAUCAAGAAUACACUGUUCAUAGAAUCUUUUUCAUAGAUUCUGAAAAAGAUACAUCUGUAAAUCAUUCAAAUGUUGAGCAGAUGGAGGAUGAUAAACCCAUUCUAACAGACACUAAAAAGACUAGGAGGACUAGGAACACACGUCAUGUUGUACAUUCUGAUGAAGAAUCAGAAAAUCUGGAUAGUCAAGAGAAAGAUGAAUUCAUAUCUGUUGUUGAUAAGGAAUCUAAGAAAAAGGGAAUUAAAAAAGAUAGCCAUGAGCAAGCGGACAAGUUAUCAGUUAUGAAAACUAUAAAGCAAGAACCAGAGGAUGGUGAACCCACUAUUAACCGGACUAAAAGGGGUAGGAGAAGUAGCACAACUCAUGUUGUACACCUUGAUGAAGAACCAAAAACUGAAGGUAGUCAGGAAAUAAUGAAAUCAAAAUCUAUGGAAGCAGGCCCCAAGAGGAAACGCGCCGUAACUCGCAAAUGUGCUGGUAUUGAUAGCAAACAAGUAAAGAAUCACCAUGAAGAAGAAUCAGAACAGGCAGGUACUGAGGAGCACAAUGAUUCAAGGCCUAGGACAAGGCGUAGUUGUGUCAAUAAAGAAUUGAUGAACAAAGACAUUCAGAAGUGUGGUGUAUCAAGAACUCGAAAGUCAAAUCGUUGAUUAGUGGAAAUCCAAUUAUUUAGCAUGUAAUAGAACAUAUAGGAGCAUCAGAUUUGUACUUCAUAUGAACAUCAUUGUUUAAGAUUGAUUUUAGUAAAUGUAAAUGCGUACC